GUCACUAGAGGCUUCCGAGUUAUUUAGCUAGCUCUACCUGUGUCCAUGUCGUUAGACGUUGUAAAUGUGGCUGCGUUUGCCCCGGAGUACACCCCAGAAAGAGACUAUGAACCCGUCACGAAGUCCUAACGGCGUCGAAAGCUUCGAAUAUUGACGCGGCGUUUUCAGGGGCGACGGUUGGACCGAGAGGCGGAAUGUCAACAACGCGGCCCCUCCUCGGAAUGAGGCGAGUCACCGAGGUAACGUGCCCGGAGCAGCCGACCAGCAGGCUCCCCGCGUCGGCCGGGAGACAACAGCAAGAGGGCAACACCGUGGACGAGUUCACGGUCCUGGAGGAUAAAGAAGAGGAGCUGAAAUGCGGCAAACCUCGAGUGGAGCAGGUUUUCAAAGUGACGUUCACCAUUAUCGGCUUGUUGGACCACACGGGACAGCCGCACGGGAGCAAAACAUCACGGCAGAUUUGGCUGCAGCUCCGGGGGAACCGAGACGACGUGUCCAAGGCGAAGGAGUACAUCCGAGGACUCUGUGACCCAGAGCUGCAGAAGGAGGAGCGCUACCCGGUGGACAUGCACUGCAUCUUCGCCGGCGCCCGCGGCCUCUUCCUGGACAGACUCAUACGGGACACGAGCGCUGAGGUUCUGGUGCCGGAGCCCGGUCGCCUGCGGCUGUUGGGCCGAGCCGAACCCGUGGUGAUGGCCCAGAGCCGAGUCCAGCAGUUCGUAGCGCUGUUUCUGGAGAAGCGAAGUUUACAGAGCGACAGGGAACCAGCGGUGAAGCGAGCGUUCAAGUCCUUUGUGGAGGAAAGGGAUGAUAAAUACACUAUGGAGCUGCUUCUUCUGCCCAGUGCCCUGAAGGAGGAGCUGCUGGGAUUGGCCCACAGCCCCACCAGCACCAACACAGCCUCCCUGGCUCUACUCAACCAGACACUCCAUCCCAACAUGGCAGAGGUGGACCAGGACCGUUCGCAGAGCAGCACCCCCGUCACGGAGCUCUCCAACCGUAUCCUGGACACCAGCUUCGAGGAGAAGGGGACGGUCGCCGCGGCAGCGGUCAGCACAGGGGCCAAAGCCGGAGGCGGAAUAGGCCUCGGUCCGGAAGCGGUCCUGCUCAAUGGGACACGACCCACACACAAACGGCGCUCGUCAGCGAGCGAGACCCGGGACACUAAAAGACAAUACUCACUGGAGCGAAGGGACGAGUCCCCAGAGAGGGCGAGGGAGAGGGAGCGGCAGAGGGACCGUGAAGGCCGAGGAGGGGGCGGCGGCUGCAGGUCCAAGACGCCCGGUGCCUCUGCAACGCUCUCGUACUCGUCGUCGACUAAAGCCAACACCGUCGUCGGGCCGAUAAUGUUGACCUCCAACGACGGCGUCUCUGACGACGGAGAGGCCGUGAGUCCAGAAACCAACCUCCGCUGCCUGGUCAACUUCUUCAGAACUAUGGGAUACCAGCAGGAGGUGGUGGAACGCGUCGUCAAGGAAACGGGACAGACUGAAGACACCUUCUUGGUCCUGGAGAAGAUCGUGGAGGAAACCAAACGCUGUGAAGCAGGAGCGGAAAAAGAAAAACAAUUGAACUCUGCACGCUCCCCCGAUGCUCCCUCCUCCUCAUCAUCCUCCUCAUCCUCCUCCUCAUCUUCGUCAUCUGCCUCGACAAUCUCUCGAUUCAGAGAAAAGGAGCGCGAGCUGAACCGAGCGUUGGCGGAUUCGAGCAGGUCCAAAGAGAACAUUAAACCCAAGCAGCAGGGAGGCAGCAGUAACGGCCUCGGCCACCGGAGGCAGUGCAGCAGCAGCGAAACCAGCACCCAGCAGGUCAUCACCAUCAAGAGGAGCUCCAGCGCUCAGGGCGGAGCAGGAGAGUAUGACGUCAUUAUCAUCGAUGACGAGGACGAUGACAUCAUCCCGUUGAAUCGCAAAACGAGCGAGAGCAGGACGUGCCAAACGAUGGCGGUGGCGCACCUCGACACUGGCUCUAAAACAGACUACUUAGCGCGUGGGGGGGGUGGGGUCUCGCAAAAGGACUACCUGUCCAGGGGCGGGACUAAGACUUUGGGCGGACCGGUUAAAGUCGAGAGUGUAACCGCCCUACGCAGCACGCCUCAGUGGCUGACCGCCACCACCACAGCUUUGGCUUCAACCCCCAGCUCAGCUCAGACUAUCACCCGGCCUUCGGCUUCUUCCUGCCAAACUAUCGGCCACAUGGGAUUCCAGGGGGGCGGACUCAGGAUCCCUCCCGCGAACGACCCCCCCGUCCCCCCAGUGACUGGUUUGGCCCGGUUCCAUCAGUCUCUGAGAACCCCCUACACCCUGACGCUGCCCAACGAGCCGGGACGACCGGAGCUCCGACACAUCAUCAUAGACGGCAGCAACGUGGCCAUGGCCCACGGCCUCCAUCGGUUCUUCUCCUGUCGGGGCAUAGCGCUCGCCGUGGAGAUGUUCUGGAGGCGGGGCCACAGGGAGAUCACAGUGUUUGUACCUCAGUGGCGCCAGAAGAGGGACCGCCUCACCACAGAACAACACUUCCUGAACCAGCUGGAGGACCUGAGGCUGCUGUCCUUCACUCCAUCCAGAGAAGUGUGUGGUCAGAGGAUAUGUUCCCAUGACGACAGGUUCCUGCUUCACCUCGCAGAAAAAACAGACGGGAUCAUUGUAACCAACGACAACCUGAGGGACUUUGUGGACACGUCGGACACGUGGCGGAAGAUCAUCCAAGAGAGGUUACUUCAGUUCACGUUCGUGGAGGAUCACUUCAUGAUCCCUGACGACCCCCUCGGACGAGACGGACCUCACCUCGACGACUUCCUCCGUAAAGAGACCAGGAGGGCCCCGGUGACCCCCCCUCCUCUGAGACCCCCAGACUUCCGCCCCCCCUCCCAGCCGCAGCAGCCGGUCUACAUCCAGGCCCUGCACCCGACGCACCCUCCCGCCUCCACGCCGCGGCCCCCCCACCUGCUCAUGGCCCACUCCACCACCCACUGGCCCCACUCGGGCCCCCCCGAGUGGCACCCGCCCCGCCGCUCGCCCUCCCCUUCGCCGUCGCCGCCCCCCCAGCGGUCGCCGGGGGAGACGUCGGAGCUGAAGAGGAAGUUGUACGACAUCUUCCCCGACCAGAAGCAGCGGAUCGACCGCAUCCUCAGCGACAACCCGUACAUGAGGGACCUGAACGCCCUGUCGGGGCUGCUGCUGGGGUGACCCCCCCCAAAAAAAAAAACAAAAACAAAAAAAAACACCCCCCCCAUACUGAACACAGGCAAGAGUAUAUGUAUAUGAGGCAACAGGAAACUAAUUUAUUGGACUGUUUCUACCAGGACGUGGAGCGUUUCUUCUUCUUCUACAGACAGACUCAAACUCGCUGCUAACGGCAAAAAACGGGGGAUUUUUUUUCUUCUUUUUCUUCUCAUUUCUUGCAAAGUGAACAACGUCAGUGUUUGCCAAACGCACAUGUUUUUCAGACUUCCUACACAGAUCGAGCCUGGGGCAGUUUCACGACGACCGUACCGAGUUUGUAUGAACGUGGACCUGAACGGACCAAGAACAGGUCCAGGUGGAACCGGGUCCACAUUAGAACCAGCAUCACAGCUCAGUAAUAACACCUUAAUACUGAGGUAAUAAACAGGAAAUAAACAGUAAUAAACAGGUGAUAAACAGUAAUAAACAGGUCAUUUCCAUGGUAACGUUACAGUCGUGGAUUUUAUUUUCACUAAAUUAACUAUAUUUUUUUUAAAACCUCCACAUUUCCGCAAACAAUUAGAAGCUUUUUAUUGGUUUGAAAGACUCGUGUUAAAAAAAAAAAAAUCACAUUUCUCGCUUCGUUCCCAAAACUUUCGGCCUCAACUAUAAACUAAACAGAAACGAAGGCUCGUAACGGACGAAAACGUAAAGAUUUAAGACGAAAAUGAUUCAGUAACAUC